GGUCACAUUAUUUACAAAAUCGUCCUGCCUGUAGCAUUAUGGCAAACCCUGGGAGUGUCCUCGUAUAAACCUUCCCUUGUCUGAUAAGGAACUCUGACCAGAAAGGGAGAGUUUCAUCUGACUGUUUUAGCAUGACUUAGCAUUACGGUGUAGACAAAAACUAGCGAAAACCCUAAUUCUCAAUCCUGAAAGAGCGAGCCAGACAAGUGCCCACAAUAUUGAACUGACAGACAUGUGGCUGCCUAUGCUAGGACUGACUGCCCUACCACAUCUAGGAGGGCUCUAUGGAGGCUUCGUCACACGCAAAGAAGUGAAAACUUGGUUUCCCUCUCUUAAUAAGCCAUGGUGGCGCCCGCCCAACUUUGCAUUCCCAAUAGUGUGGACAACUCUCUACACAGGCAUGGGAUAUGGAUCCUACCUGGUGUGGAAGGAACUAGGAGGUUUUACUGAGGAUGCCAUGGUGCCAAUGGGGCUGUAUGGACUUCAACUUGCUCUCAACUGGGCCUGGACACCCAUCUUCUUCGGCGCACAUAAAAUCAAACUGGCACUCAUAGAGAUUGUGAUGCUCACUGGAGCGGUGGGAGCCACCAUGGUGUCCUGGUAUCCUAUCAGUUCCACAGCCACACUUAUCAUGGCACCCUACUUAGCUUGGCUGUGUCUCGCCACCGCACUCAACUACUGUAUAUGGAGAGACAACCCUGAGGAGGAGAAAGAGGAGUAGCGCUAUACAGGCCUUAAACUUGCUUCACUUAAAAAUUCAGAAAUCCUUAUGCUUAAUUUGCAUUUUCUUAACAAUUCAAUUAUAAUCAUAUAUAAUUUCUCAUAUAUUCAAGACACCAUAUAAAAUAAAGGGACAUUUAUGGUAAAAUAUAACGUAUUCAUUUGCUUCUUUACUGCACAUUCCACUACCAUUGCAUCCUUCAUUUAUAUUUUUACUAUACAUUAACACUGAAUACUUGCAAGAUGUAUUUACGAAUCUAUUGGAUGUUGAAACAUUAGACUAGUUAUAUAUAAAAUAAAAAUAUUUUGCACUGGU